UUCUGGUCUGCUCCUCGUAGUGCAACUAUCUCUUUGCAUUGCACUUCCAUCCAGUACUUUUUAAAGGUCAGUGGAACUAACUUGAACAAAAGAGUGUUGCUUGAGUUGUUUGUACUUGCUAGGUUUAUGCAUUAUGGAAUAAUUUACCUACAUAGGUUAUGAAUGUGAGGUUGAAACAUUUUCUUUCAUUGUGGUUUUAGGAUGGUGUCUCCAGCCAUUGCACUGGCUUUUCUUCCACUCUUGCUGACACUAAUUAUCAGAUAUAGGCACUUCUUUCUGUUGUUUUAUCGAGCUAUUUUAGUAAGAAUUUGGAAAGACAUUACUACUGGCUUGAGCAGAGAGGAGCGAGCCUAUGAAUAUGUUUUAACACACGCCACCCCUGGAGACCCUGAUAGCAUUCUUGAUGCCUUUGAUACAUGGUGCACCAAAGUGGAGUUUAUCAGUAACAUUGGACCAAAGAAAGGGAAGAUUUUAGACCGUCUUUUGGUGGAGCAGAGUCCCCUGACAGUGCUGGAGCUGGGUACACAUUGUGGCUACAGCGCAGUGCGGAUGGCCAGGUCCCUGCCAUUGGGUGGCAGAAUUUACAGUGUUGAAAUGGAUCAACGAAAUGCUGCCAUUGCAGAGAAAAUUAUUCGUUUGGCAGGUUUUGAUGAUGAUACAGUGGAGCUAAUUGUGAGUCCUUCUGAUGAAGUAAUUCCCCGAUUGCGGUCUGACUAUGGACUGGAAAGACUGGAUUUAGUGUUCAUGGAUCAUUGGAAGAGAAGUUACCUCCCAGACCUACAGAUGCUUGAGGGAUCUGGACUGUUGGGAAAGGGAUCAAUAAUUUUGGCUGACAAUGUAUUAUUUCCAGGAGCACCAAAAUUUCUUAGACACAUUCGCAAAAGUGGUUUAUAUGAAUGGAAGAUUCAUAGAGCCAUGCUAGAAUAUAGCAAAGGUAUCAGGGAUGGGAUGGCUGAGUUGAUCUAUCUUGGAAUUAAAUAGGCUUGUUUUAAUUUUUUCCCCCCAAAAUAUGUUACCUUUUUAAAUGACUAAAAACACAACAUGGUAUGCAGAAAAUGUAAUUUAUAUAGUUACAUUUGUAAGGUGGUUUCACAUCCCUUUUCUAAACCACUGAUAAUGUGGUAAUUAUACGUGAUUUGAGUUCUACACAUUUUUUUACUCAAAUAUUGUGGAUAUUUA